AUGGCGACCGGGCAGCAGCAGGCGGCGCCGCCGCCAUACCGGCCUUACCGGCUGUUCCGCACGCUGGCGGGGCACUCCAGGGCGAUCUCCUGCGUGAAGUACUCCAACGACGGGCGGCUUCUGGCGUCGGCUUCCCUGGACAAGACCAUCAUCAUCUGGUGCACGCAAACCCUAGCUCAGAUCGCGCGCCUCACCGGCCACUCCGAGGGGAUUUCCGAUCUCGCCUGGUCGUCCGACUCCCACUACGUCUGCUCCGCCUCCGACGACCGGACGCUGCGGAUCUGGGACGUCCGGAACACGCACGGGGAGGAUCCCUGCGUGAAGGUCCUGCGCGGGCACGCGGCCUUCGUCUUCUGCGUCAACUUCAAUCCCCAGUCGAAUCUGAUCGCGUCGGGAUCCUUCGACCAGACGGUGAGGGUGUGGGAGGUCAAGACGGGGCGCCUUGUCCAGACGAUAGAAGCUCACGAUGAGCCCGUCACGUCGGUCCACUUCAUCCGUGAUGGCUCGAUCAUCGUCUCCGGUAGCCACGACGGGAGCUGCAAGAUAUGGGACACCGCCUCGGGCAAGUGCCUCAAAGUACUUAUCGACGAUAAGGUGCCCGCGGUCUCCUUUGCCAAGUUGUCGCCCAACGGCAAAUUCAUCCUCGUCGCCACGCUAGACAGUACGCUGGUAAAUAAGCCACUCUACCAAGUCUUCCCUCUUCUGGAUUCGCACCUUUUUGUGGAUAAUUUUCUCCGCCUGAAAGCACUCUGUCGCAUCGCUGGAGUGCAACAAAGGUUAUAUCAUGAGGAGGAGGUUCCUUUGAUAGUUGUGGAGCUCUGUUCAGAGAGACCUUGGAAUGCAAGCCAUGCGUGCAGGCGAGAGUGGUCGUCAAGGUUCAGUUAGUGCUAAAGAUAUGCCUUACAAAUUAAAAACACGGUUGUAGGGGAUGGCAUAGGAUUGAAGAAUGAAUCAGAGAAGGAAUAUGAACAGUGAUAUCCCAAAUUCCCAAUCUGAUACCUUUUGAUUUCACUGAAUUAGUGAAUGCAAGUGAACUAACUGGGUUUUUGAAACCCAAUUCUAGGGUUUUCUGAUGAAGAAAACUAUUACAGAAUUUUAAUUAAGACAAUGGACCUAGAUGAGGAAUGAAAAUGAAUAGAACAGAACAACAGUUCAUACAAGGUGAUCAAACUAUGGAUAAUUUAGGUCUAACAGGGAGUUUGGAGUGAGAAAUUCUUGAUGAAAUGAAAUUUUUGGCAGGAAAUUAAAGGGUUAGCCAUUAAAGUAGAUGGAAGUCACCGUAUCUCACCACUACUGUUCUUCUGGUUGAUCAGAUGCUCUGUUACCUGGGGAAUAGAAUCAGGGACUACAUGUCUCAUUAAGCAUGACGAUUGUGGAAAGAGGUAAUUUGAAAACUCAGGUAUCUACUUGUGUCGUUCAGCAGCCCUCCUCCUGUUCCCGUCUCUUCCUAGCCAAUCCCUCCAUCUUCUCCACCUCAGGCCUAUCCAUCUUAAAAAUCCCAAAAACACUGGACGAGAAAGCAGGAAAAAGAUAGAUGCACUGACCACAACAAGGGUAGGUCUAGUUUCCUUAAAAUUCCCUUAUCGGCUACCAUUGGUGGAAAUGGCUGUGGCGAUCAGGGAAUGAGGAUGAAACAUGGUGGAAGAAGACCAUCAAGGAAAAUAACAAGAAGAUUGUAGUUAAUAGAUAGAUCAUGAAGUGUCCUUUCUGCUCCUCCUUUUCUCCUACUUGAGGACGAAUUCCCAGUUUGGUUGACAUCAUGGAAAUCUUGUGAGUGGAUUUUGGGAAGAUUUGUGGAUUCCGGAUGGAAAAUUGUCUGCCAAAUCACGCAGGCUUUGUAAGAUCACUGAAGAUAAUGGAGAAGUCUCUUUCUCAGUUGUAGAUAGCUGGGUGGGGCUCACUUGUUAUAUCUACUUUAAAUGAAAUAUGAUUGGGAAUGAAGCUGAAGAUUUUCUGUGACUAUUUACUGUCAACCUAAUCCACACAUACACACACACAUACACAUUCAUAUACACAAACUCUUUCUUUGAAGAAAGUUUUCUAGCUUUGACUCCACUAGAUGUUGAAUUGAAUACUUGAAGCUCUGCCUUCAAGCGUGGUCUUUUCUGAUUGAACUCAUAUGUGAAUCUUCCAAGAAUGGCCUACCUAAGUUGUGGUAUUCAAUCUGUUUUUUCUUUUUUUUUCAACACGUUUUUCUCACAGACUCCACCAGUUUAUUUUUGUUGAGCAUGUAAUUCCUGUGACCAGCCACCAAAUUCCCUGAACCCUAUUUCGAUCCAAUUGCAGCAGGACAAUGUACACAGCAUAUUAUUACUUUACUGUUGGGGGGGGGUUCUAUGGAGCACUGACUAAACCGUGCUGCAAUUCUCUUCUGUUUUUGUACCUCCUGUUCUUCUUACCUUCUUUUCUCUCCACCUUUAAUAGAUAGAUCUUACUCUUCUUCAUACAGUUUCUGGCUCGUCAGAAAUGCACGCCCUUAUUAGCUAUAUAUAACGGAUAAGGUCAUCAGAAAAAAAUAAAAUGAAAAAAUAUAUCAUGUGCGGUUCUUGUUUGGUGGGUCCAUUCUUGAUAUUCUCAAUCCGGAAGGGGGGGAGGGUUUUAUUUUAUUAUUUUUAUUUUUUAAAUUUGUGCAGAAAUUGUGGAACUAUUCAACGGGGAAGUUCUUGAAGAUAUACACAGGGCAUGUCAAUAAGGUGUACUGCAUCUCUUCCACGUUCUCGGUGACAAAUGGUAAAUAUAUCGUCAGCGGAUCGGAGGAUCACUGCGUCUACUUGUGGGAUCUACAAGGGAAGAAUCUGAUUCAGAAACUUGAGGGUCACAAGGACACGGUGAUCUCCGUCUCCUGCCACCCAACCGAGAACAAAAUCGCCUCCGCAGGGCUCGAUAAUGAUAGAACCAUAAGGAUUUGGGCCCAAGAUAGCGGCAGCUAA